AUGCCACCAAUCCGAACAUUCAAAUCAGCACCUAUAAACCCUCAUUCGACGGCAAACAAUCCGCCAUCAACUACAGCAACUGAGCAGCAACAACAAGCAGAACAAGGCGUCGUUAUCUCUAGCAGUAAAGGAAAUGAGAAACCCGAAAGAGAAGGUCCGGCAUGGGCACCAGCGACGCCAACUUCAGCAACGACUAUAGCAGAGAAUAGCAACAACAUAAGCAAUUAUCCAGCUGCGAGGCCAGGUGCGCUUGCGAUUCCAGCACCGACGUCGUCUCCGUCUACGUCUACGAGUAAUUCCACACCUCCCGCUCCUCAACCCGGUUCCAGACCUGUACCCCCUUCUUCAUCAUCUCCAUCAACAUCAACACCUUCCAGACCAGCAAAUAAUAUCCCACCACCCCCCAAAGUCGGCGAACCGAUACAACAGGCUUCAUACUACGCUCCUCCUCCACAAUCGCAAGCAACGAUACCAACCCAGGGGCAAAGAGCAGUACCCAAUUCGACAUCAACGCCGUAUUUGUCGACGUAUCAGCCUCCUACUUCUACAGCGCCGUAUACGUCUACGCCUGGACUGCCGCUGUCGCAGCCUGAAACAUCACAAGGGAAUACUACUGCUACCGGAGGAUCGAUGUUUGAUGCGUCGACGGGACAGGAUAUACUCAAUACAGCAAAGUCGUGGAUGGCGUCUGCGGGAAGUAAAUUGGCGGAAGCGGAGGAGGAGGUUUGGAGGAUUGUUAAUAAGAAGUCUUAA